AAAUUUGUCAAAGCCUGGGAAAAUCGAAAACAAAACGUGGCAAAAACUCCAAUCGUUGGCAAUAGCACGCAGCAAGGAAAAGUUUGCAUUUCAAAUUUCAAGUUAUCCCGCUGCAAGGAGUUGAGUUUAGUUUGUGUUUUUUUUUUCUGGAGUUCCUUUUUUCUGAAUGGUCAACUCCAUGGACGAUGUACUUGUGACCUACGGUUUACUACUCUGCUUACCGGUUCGAUUUUUUUUGUUUGCCGUAUACAUUUACCUCCAAAACUUGGCAGCCAUGCUGCAAUUGAUCCAGGAUCUGCUUAGCCUGUUGCUAUCGAUUCUCCUUUUUGCCGCCAGCUGCAUUUGCCGUUUGCCGGAGGAGGGACCUUUUCGGGUGAUGUCACCACCAAUGCGACUCCUCCAGUUCCACUUACGCAACGUGGGAUUGCUGCUCCACAUGCUCCGCGAAUCGCUGCGCAUCCAGAGCGCCGCUUUAGGACGGCUCAGCUGGCUCUUCCACUUCUGCGCCCACAGACGCACCUGGGUGAUCAUGCUGCAGUCCCACUGAGCAACUGAAACUGAACUGAAAAGUUAUCCAGCGAGAGCAAUAAACGCUCGCAAGUGCAUGAAAUUUAAUGCACGUUUUAGCAACUCAAAUUCGCGUUUUUUACACGGUAUUUUUACCAAAAGAAAGCAUAUUCAGUUAUCAAUGAUGUUGCUAAAAAAAAAGGGAAGAACAACUCUUUAAAGGAAAAAACUACUUAACAUGAAGUUCCCAAGAUGAAAAUAAUGCAUUGUAAUUAAAAGUAGAGCAAAUAAAUUAAUAAUAAAAUAAUUUAUAUUUGUUGGUAAAAUAUA